AUGUCAGCCUUCUCCAAGUACAAUGCCAGUGGCACAGGGCUCUUAGACCAGGCAGAGGUCAUGGACUCUUUGGAAGGACUUGGUCUAGCUCCCAAAAAUGAGACGGAAAGGGAGGAGGUAUCUGCUAUCCUGCUCAACUUUGAGAAGCUCCAAUUCACUCUUGAUGAAUACUGCAAUGAGGUAGUACCGAUGAUUCGUCAACAACUAAAGGAGCUCAGACGUCCGCACUUGGCAAAGUUGUUCAAGAAGUUUGAUACCUACGAGCGGAGCAAACUGUCCAUCUCGGAGAUCAUGAAAGACGUGCUGAUUUAUGGCCUCGACGUCUAUGAGGAAUCCUUGAAGAUGGCACUGAAAAGUUUUGCGCAAAGGACAGGCCGAAGCGAGAAGCUGUUGUCUGCAGGGCUUGCCACGCUCGAUGAGGAUGCCUUUGUAGACUUUCUUUGCCUGCAGCAGGAGCUAGCAGAGCAGGAGCGAGUCUCUCGCUUCGAGGACCUUGUGAACAAGCUGAGCCUUUCGCAGGAAGAGCAGGAGCUUUGGAAGCACGAUUUAGUGAGCUGGGAACUGCGAUUUCAUGAGUACAAUCCGAGCCGAGGGCACUGGGGAGACUAUUCCGGGUUCGUACCGGAACAACAGGUGCUUCUCCUUCUCAGGGACAGUGGCCUUGUCCCCAAGAGUCCAGCUCGGGUCAUGCAGGUGAAGUCCAUGCUACAGAGCUUGUUGCGUCCUGAUGGCACCGUCAGUUUUCUGGACUUUCUGAAAGUAGUGACCUAUUUAAAAGACCUUGAGAAGGAGAAAGUUGGGAAAAUUGUCGACGAGCUCACAGACCAGAAUUGCUGCGUUCCUGCCAGGGAGGUUUGCACAUUCUUUCGAUCCUGCGGCUUGAUUUCGAAGGUUCAAUCAGAAAGGAUGGAGGUGCAAGAACUGGUUGAUCAAGGAGAUGGUCGAGGAAGCAAAUUUCUGGGUCGUGCUCCAGUCAUCGAACUCUGGAUCCGACUUCAUGCCCUGCUCAAGGUGACCGCAGUUGAGCGAGAGCGCCAGUAUGUGCUUACAAAUGGGGGGUGGACUGAACAUGACUACAUUGAUUUCAAGAAAGCCUUCCACCGGUACGAUGAGGACAUGUCAGACAUACUGGAGCGAGAUGAGCUGGUCCAGGCGAUGGAUCUUUUGUGUGGCAAUGUUUGGAGAGCGCAGCAUUCGACCCAGCUUCACCAAGGGGCUGAAGUUGAUGUUGACGCCAGCAGCAAGAGACAUGUGCAAGACGUGGACUUGAAGAAGACGCCAAAAAGGAAAAGACGAUGCUAA